CAGAGGGUUCCAGACAACAGUGCAAGAUGACAGAGAGCAGCGUAGGAAGCCGGUGCGACAGGCACUUCACCGAUGGUACUCCCAUUCGAUGACCAUGGAGGCAAACCAUACAACCUGUAACCCUGCCAAAUAUAGUGUCAGCAGUAUCGUCUGGGUGGCAGGUAUCCAGUGCAGUCUUGCAGUUGUCGCCCUCCUUGGCAACCUUCUGGUCAUCGUGUCCGUGUGCCGAUGCACCCGACUACGCACCAUCACCAACUACUUCGUGCUAAGUCUCGCCUGUGCCGACCUUCUCGUCGCACUCAAUGUCCCUUUCUACGACGCCUUCUACUUUUUCGAAGAUCUGUCGUGCCAUCGGAGGCUUUGCAUGCUGCGCUACUGGUUCGCUACCUACUCGACUGCGUGCUCCUCCUUUAGUCAUCUGGGUGUGGCCGUUGACCGGUACGUAUCCGUGGUGCACGGUAUAUCGUACCACCGCCUCAUGCGAUACCGACUCGCCGCUGGCUAUAUUGUCUGCGUCUGGAUCUCAUGCCUUUUGUACAGCCUGUUGCCUUACAUGGGCAUCGGUGACAACGAGGACUACCCACUAGCUCUGGAUGCAGCCCAUGUCGUCUGCGAUCUCAGUUACGUCUAUUCCCGAAUCUACAUCCUAGCGACAGUCGGUAUCUCGACCAUUGGAUCGGCCCUGACUCUGGUUUUGUACUUUUUUGUGUUCCGUGCCUCGUGGAAACACCUGAAAGCAGUAGCCUCUACCAGUGAUGUCCAUCACCGAGUGAAGCAAGAGGCCCGGACUGCGUGCACCAUGGCAUUAGUGUUAGCGGUGUGUAUUCUGGGAGUCCUUCCUUACUCCAUCAUCGUCUUCAUCCCUUUCUUCUACGACAUGAGCACCAGUCUACAAGUGCACGUCAAGCCGUACGUGAUCUGUCUGUUUUUCGGCAAGUCAUCUGUGAACCCUAUCAUAUAUGGAUGGAAAGCUAAAGACUUCAGGGCCGCCUUUCGAGAAUUUUUGUGCCCUCGGAAAUCGAACGGUGCGAGGCCAGCUUGAGUGCGGCUUUCGUCAAACGGGUUGUGGUGAUUCUAUUCAAAAAGGCACCCUGUGAUUUCACGAUUAGUGCACGUUGUU